AUGGGGACCUGGUGGGCGCGGGCCCAGCGCAGCCAAGGACGUGUCUGUCACCGGCCUCUGUCGUGUCCGCGCGGGGCUGACACGCCGUCUCUCCUCCCCAGCGCCGACCAGGCCCUCGACAGGUUUGCCAUGAAGAAGUAUUACGACGACAAGGUCUCCGCGCUGAUGCAGCCCUCCCAGAAGCGGUACGUCCAGUUCCUCAGCGGGCUGCUGUCGGGGACAGUGAAGAUGAACGCCUCGCCCCUCUUCCUGCAUUUCGUCAUCCUGCACGGCACCCCCAACUUUGACACGGGCGGGGUGUGCCGGCCCUUCCUGAAGCUGUACCAGGCCAUGCAGCCCGUCUAUACCUCGGGGAUCUACAAUGUUGGCCCCGAAAACCCGAGUCGCAUCUACAUCGCCAUAGAGCCGGCCCAGCUCCUGAAAGGGGACGUCAUGGUGAAGUGCUACCACAAGAAGUACCGCUCGGCCACCCGUGACGUCAUCUUCCGCCUGCAGUUCCACACGGGCGCCGUGCAGGGCUGCAGCCUGGUGUUCGGGAAGCAGGACCUGGACAGCGCCUGCCAAGACGACCGCUUUCCUGCCAGCGGGAAGAUCGAGCUCGUGUUCUCGGCCUCCCCCGAGAGGAUCCAAGGCUGUGAGCAUUUCCGCAGCAACCAUGGCGUGAGCGUGGACUUCAACACGGCUGACCCGCUGAUCCGCUGGGACUCGUACGAGAACCUGGGAGCUGACGGGGAAG